UUGCCUUUCCUUUAUGGAUGGAUAAAUAAAACAAAAAAAACUAUAAAUAUUGUGUACAUAAUAUUAGCGUAAUUUUAUCCAUUAUUAUUACUAGAUUCCAAUUAAUUUAUUUAUAUUCUAUCUCCUUUCUAAUAAUAAUUUAAUACCAAUGAAUUAAAAUUGUGUUGUAAAAUAAAUUUCACUUUUGUAUUGGUUACAGAUUUCUGUUUCAAUAUUAAAAAUUAACAACAUGUCAUCUAAUUUAUAUCCAAAAAUAAUGAGCAAAACCAGGACUGCUGGAGAUGGAAUGGAAUCAGAUGAUGGUGCAACCGAACCAGGUCGGAAAAAUCAAACCAUUGCUAAUAAAGCGUCCACAAGCAAGUAUAAUGAACCUCUUAUUCGCCUUAUUGAAGUGUUUCCUACUAAUGUAAUAAGAAAUGAAAAGAAAAAAUCCCACAUACACUCUAAGAAUCCAAAAUUUGUACCAUAUGAGCCUUAUACUGCAGCUAUUAAACCAAUCAAACCUCAGUCAUUAAAAAAAGAUUUUAAAAAAUCUAAGAAUAAUAUGGACCUCAAUACAUUAAUUACUCAGAUGUCACAAAUGAAUACAGACUUGAAUGAAUAUAAACCACGGCCAAAACUUCUCUCAAGUAGUGACAAAAGUGUAUUAUCAAAGACAGACAACCAUUCCUUAGAGAAUGAUGAAAAGCAGAAGAAAAUAGAUCAACUACUACUAGAAAAUGAAUCCUUGAAUGAUCAGUUAAAGCAACAAGUGCAAGUCAAUAAAGAAUUGAAAACUAUGUUAGUGGCAUCAAUGGGGGAAGACCUGGAGACUCAAGUGCAAUCACUUAAUGAAGACAAAAAGCAUUUAGCAAAUGCUCUGCUGAAUUCUGCACAACAUCUUUCCACCCAUCAGGAACAAACAGAAUGGCUGGCAGGGCAGUGUGAAGUAUGGAGAAGCAAAUUUUUAGCCAGCAGUCUGAUGGUGGAAGAACUGGCACAAUGCAAGAAAUUGCUGAGUGAUAAGUCUGACAAUCUACAACAAGUGAUAAAACAAUUGUUGGAUGAGAGGUGUAGGUCAAGAGAUAUGAUGUUGUGUACAUACAAAAAUCUGUAUAGUCUUCACGAAAAACAGCUAGAAAAUAUCACAAUUUCUGAGUACAUGGGCAAUAGUAGUGCAUACACUAGACCCAUAGGUAACUGGAAUUUCAACACUACCACCCCACAUUCUACUAAUAUAAUAGAUUUAGCAUCAAUUAACUUGAAAUUGUCUGAAAAUAUAAGUAUUUCAAUUGACAAGCAGGAUAUCAGUCAUUUGGAUAACCUGCCAUCAAUGACUGAUGGAGAAAAGCAUGCUGAAAAUGUCAUGGCUAUGCCAUUAGAAGUUAGAAAGGUGAAUGAGGUGCCUGUAAACGCAUUGGUCAAUCUGGCAUAUAGCAACAGCGAAAACACAGCCCGGGCCGUUGCGUCGUGUGUGCACUGCAAUGGCAAGGUUCAACUUCUAUAA